UAGUUAGUCCCCUACCCUCAUUUAUCCCCCCUAAACAGAUUUCGGUCUCAUUGCUCUUAUAUGGUCCCGAAUGAGCUGAAAUCUUCUCCUCUCUGCUAAUUGCUGACUCCAGCAUGCAAAUAGUUCGCUUCUGGAGAGGCUCCUUCGUGCUGGCGUGGCAACUAUGGUUGUACGUCUACCCAAUUAGGAUUCAAGAUGCGACCAGUACCUGGAUGGUUAGGAAUCAAGGUAUCUUUCAGCAACAUGAGCUGCCACAUUGGCAUGGAACUGGUUAUUUGGGUGCAUUCUGUGUAAUAGCGCAUGACAUUGAGUCGUUUCGACAUCUUGUCAUCGGUUGGCUGACCCAAACGCUUGAUCAGGGGGCGAUGCUUAGGGCACCUCAUCCUACUCAAAGGCUCUUCCAUUUUAAUUUCCCCAAAGCUGGGAUCGAUUAGUAGUCGCCGCAAAUUGUUGCAAACUGCACAUUGGCCUUCCAUGAUUGAAAAAAUACUAAUUGAUGUAUUAAAAAAAAAAAAAAAAAAAAAGUAACUAAGUAAGUCUAUAGAACUCGGCUGUUAACACCUUGGCGAGAGGAGCUGAAAUAAUGCGGG